AUCAGCCAUUAGGGUAGUACUACCAGAUUUUAUUGUGUUCAUAAAAUUCUUUUUAGGAUUAACCGCAUCAUACGGUGGCUUUUCCCUAUAAGAGUAGGUUCCAUUCGAUCCUAGAAACUUUAGUUGACCGCUGGGAUUAUUUCUCUGCCCUCCUUCUUAUCCACACAACCCCUCACCAGGCCGGCUUUCAAUCACAAAAACUUUGUACUGCUUAUAAGAUCAAAUAAAUAGUUAAAUUUCAUAUAAAUUAAUAUAUUAACCAAUAUGAUUAUAAAAUUAAAUCAGAAACUGAAACGGAUUUAAAUUCAGCGACAUCUUGUUCAGAUUAUCGUUGUUCAGAAAAUUUAUAUCCAUUAUUCGAAAAACUGCUUGUCUGGCAAUGUUAUAUGAAGUGUUCGAAAUCGAAAUGAGACCCAUAGCCGUCCUUUUCACACUUAUACCGGUUAACAAAACGUCAAACAAACGCGAAGUAUUAGCUUUGGUUGUAGCCAUUUUAGUGAAAACUUUAAGUCGUCGGUAAAUUAUUCCUGAAACAGUUCUAAAACGUAUCUAACUUUUACUUUUCAAUAAACAUGGCUCAUGAGCGUUCGCCAUCUGCCGGAGUAGAAAAAGAGGGAAAGGAUGUAAAAGAAUCGUCGACAAAAGAUGUUAAGCCAAAAGUUAGUUCGUCAUCGAAUUCUAACCGUGGACGAGAACGUGACCGCAGGAGACGAGGUUCGGCAUCAUCUAGCAGCGACAGUAGCGGCAGUUCGUCAGAUAGCAGUUCUUCAAGAACUACUUCAGGGUCAGGAUCACGUUCAAGCUCUUCAAGUUCUAGCGGUUCAUCAUCGUCUUCGACUUCAUCUUCAACCGAUUCUGAUCGCAGUGUAAAUAAUAGACGCCGUGGCGGAGCAGGUAACUCAAACACAGCACGAAAGAGUGGGUCUCAUUCCCCGCGUCGUUCAAAAUCUCCAAGAGACACUAGCAAGGCACGUAAAGAUAAUUCCCGUUCUAAAGAACGCGAACGGGAACGUGACCGCGAUCGUAAUGAGCGCGACCGAGAUAGAGACAGAGAGCGAAAUGAACGAGAUCGUCGACGAUCACGUUCCCGAUCCAAGGAACGUGUGCGACGCACAUCAAAUGAUCGCGGCGGUGGAGUUGGAGUUGGAGACGUUUCCAAUAUUAAACGUGAACGUUCUAAAGAUCGCGAGCGUGAACGUCGUUCACGUUCGGGUUCACGUUCUCCACGGCGUCGUGUACGCAGUUCAGGCGAACGCAGUCCUGCAACAAAACGACGUGAGCGCUCGCGCUCACGCUCAACUACACCAAAACCCACUCGAAUACAUGUUGGUCGAUUAACCCGCAACGUUACAAAAGAACAUGUUGUUGAGAUAUUCAGUUGCUUCGGAGAGGUGAAAAAUGUAGAAUUCCCAACCGACCGUUAUCACCCUUCAUUUGGACGUGGUAUUGCAUACGUUGAGUAUGCAACAGCAGAGGAAUGUGAAGCUGCCAUGAAGCAGAUGGAUGGAGGACAAAUUGAUGGGCAAGAAGUUACUGUGUCACCGGUGUUAACACCAAAAAUACGUGCACCUGCUAGACGUCCUUCACCCAUAAUGCGGCGCCCGGUAGGAAGAUGGCGUUCGCCGCCUCAAUUCAACAGAUUCAACAAUCGUGGUAGGCGCUCACCCCCGCGUGGUAGACGUUCACCACGGCGACGUUCCCGUUCACCAAUUCGCCGUCGCAGACGUAGCAAUAGCUCGGACAGUUCUCGUUAACGGAUAAUGGACAAAUAAACAAAUUACUGUGCAAGUUUUAAAGAUCACACUACGCAGUCAACAACAAAUUUCUUGACUUCUAACUUGUUCAAGUUUUUAUUUAAAUUUAUCUACUUGCAGUUUACGUCAAAGUCGUCUACUUGAUGUUCUAUAUAAAAUCAGAAUUGUGAAUGUAUUGAAUUAUAGUAUACACCUUUAAAAUUCAACUAUUUUUCUUCAAUAUCCGAAGUUGUAAAAUAUAUCAUCUGUAAACCGUAAUGGCUUAAGACACCUUUAAAAAAGAAAUGUAAAAA